UUAAUAAUCACAAUAUUGCUUAAGCAAAGAUAUGCCUUUCUCGUUUCGUUAAGGUUUUCUCUUCCACACACCAUACAUACUACAAUAUUUAAAAAAAAAAAGAAAAAUGUCGAUUACAUCGGCAAUUAUCUCGGCCGUAAUAGCCCUAUCUUCCUCCAUCUCCUUCCUCUUCUUCCCCUCUCAACCCUCCUAUCAUUCUCUCUUCAUCUCUCCCUCCUUCUCAAGCAACGACUCAAUUGCAAUCCAUCUCCGGACCCUCACUCGCCGGCCCCACAUUGCGGGCUCAGAGGCGAACUAUGAAGCGGGUGAUUACGUACUCUCCACCUUAUCCUCUCUCGGAAUCGAGUCUCGAGUCUCGCCUUACGAAGCAGCCCUCGACUAUCCGAGCCACCGUUCUCUUGUCCUACUAACCGACCCAUCAGUCGAGUUUGCCCUCGUCCAAGAGACCUAUGAGGGCGACCCGUAUGCUAAUGUGACUGCAGAAGCUGUCCCGACUUUCCAUGCUUAUGCUCGAUCGGGCACUGCCGUGGGACCCGUUGCGUACGCCAACUACGGGCGUGUGGAGGAUUACGAGGUGUUAAAGCAGAUGGGGGUCAACGUCUCGGGUAGUGUGGUACUUGCAAGGUACGGGCAGAUAUUUAGAGGGGACAUAGUCGAUAAUGCGUUUGCUGAGGGUGCAGUGGGAGUGCUUAUCUUCACCGACAAGAAGGACUUUGGCGGGGAAGAGUGGUUUCCAGAUGACAGGUGGAUGCCUCCGAGUGGGGUCCAGCUGGGCUCUGUCUACAGUGGCAUGGGUGACCCCACCACCCCAGGCUGGCCAAGCACCCCAGCCUGCGAGAGGAUACCUGACGACCACGUGGCAGAUGUUCCGCUCAUACCUUCUCUCCCCAUCUCUUGGGCUGAUGCUGAUGUCAUUAUCCGGGAGAUUGGGGGACAGGUGGCGGCCGAUGAUUGGCAAGGAGGGAAGGAUGCCCCUGUUUACAGACUCGGCCCAGGGCCCGCGGCCGUCAACUUGACUUACAUAGGGAACCAUGUGAUUAGAAGAAUCGAGAAUGUUAUCGGUGUAAUUGAAGGAUGGCAAGAACCUGACAGGUAUGUUAUUCUGGGUAACCAUCGGGACGCAUGGUCGUUUGGGGCUGCCGAUCCCAAUAGUGGGACCGCAUGCCUUCUCGAGAUUGCUGAAAGAUUUUAUAAGCUUCAGCAGAAGGGGUGGAGGCCAAGAAGAACUAUCAUUUUCUGCAGUUGGGAUGGAGAGGAAUUCGGCCUGAUAGGUUCAACAGAAUGGGUUGAAGAGAACAGACAAAUGUUGGCAUCGAGGGCAGUGACUUACUUGAAUCUUGAUGUUGCAGUUGCUGGACCUCAAAUACUUCCCCCCUCUGCAACUCCUCAGCUUGAUGAUCUGCUUGCAGAAGCUGCUAAGCAGGGCUCCAAAUUUUUUACGCGACUCAUCAAUGCAGAUUACCCAGUUUACCACUCGUUGUACGAUGAUUUUGUCUGGAUGACCAAAUUUGGUGAUCCAAUGUUUCAAAAGCAUGUAGCAGUCGCAAGUCUUAGUGGUUUAGUAGCACUCAGACUGGCAGACGACGAGAUUUUACCAUUCAACUACACCUCUUACGCACUCGAGCUUCAGAAAUGUGCAGAGGAGUUGAAAAGUCGAUUGUUGAAUAGAACCGUGACCCUCGAUCCCCUGUUCAAGUCCAUCAACGACCUUGAAAAAGCUGCCGCAAACAUAAACAUCGAGCGGAAGGCAUUUAUGGAAAGCAAAGGCUGGUCAUCAGUGAGGAUAGACGAGCAGAAAGCACGAGAUUUGAACGACAGGCUGAUGAUGACUGAGCGUGCAUUCACAGACAGUGAUGGACUUACAGGAAGGUCGUGGUACAAGCAUUUGAUCUAUGGACCAUCAAAGACUGACGAGUAUGGCUCCAGCGCCUUCCCAGGAGUCGAUGAUGCAAUUGGCAAUGCACUCGACUUAAAUACAGCCGAGUCUUGGAGUUCAGUACAACAUGAAAUUUGGCGAGUUGCUAGGGUCAUUACACAAGCUUCACUAUGCCUCGGGGGAAAGUUAACAUGAAAUCCAAGCAUUGUGUGUCGUC